AUGACUGCCAUUCUAAUCUUGGAAAAGGUGUUUCAGACAAGAGCUGGACACUCGAGGGCUGAUCAGUUCUAUGCAUCUUAUCCUGCUGGUACGGAGCUUCUUACCGAUACUGGGAAGCUGUAUAAAGCUGCACUCGGCAAUUGCUUUGAGAUAGAGGAGUGGGGGCCGAUUGAAUGGAGCAUUUUGGCUAAACAUUUUGAACGACAAGGGAAAUCACCGUAUGCGUACCACUCAAUGGUUUUAUGCAUUUUUCGCGUGGCAACUGGAUGGGAGCGGCUAGCUGAAGGAUGGCAAUGUCUCCGGUAUGAUAGGUAUAGGUAG